UCAAACUUUGCAAUGGAGCGAUAGGGAACAAUAUCUGUGAUCUCUGACGAAAACAAGUGCACAGGUGGGUGUGUUCAACUGGUGAAUAACACCACAUUAAUGCAUGUAUCAUCUCACUGUGCUGUUUGAUAAUUUUAGUGUCAGACUUUUACCCCCUAAAGACUCUUUGAGACAAAUACCUAUUUUCAGACGGUAAAGAGUGCUGAUUAUAUGAAAUAAACAUGUCGAGCAAAGAUGUUGAGCUGAGCAGUGUUUCUGAUGUCAGAGCCGUCAUCCCACCCGAGCCCAAAAGAAAUGACUCGAAUUCGUCACCAUUACUCAUCUUCGUUCUCGUUGUGGGUCUAAUCGUUGGAUUCGUCGCUCUUGUCAUCGCUGCGAUAAGCCUUGGGAGAACUAGUGGUGGUAGUGGUGGUGGUGGUGACGAUCGAUCAGUACCUAAUAUUAUCAUCAAUCAGGAUGGUACAGGACAGGGAGAUACUUCAGUCUCUAUUUCUGGAGAUAUCUGGACUUUCGCCAUUGGGCAUGACGGGACGAAUAUCGAAUACAUUGAUGAUCUUACUGGAACACUUCGUGGCUUCCAUGUUGAUAUCGUAGAUGCAGUUUGCGCAGCAGCAAAUAAGGAUUGUCGGCUCAUCUGGGAUGUUUACGAGAAUUGUUGGGAUUCUGAAGCUGGUCAACGUUCUCGUGGUGGCUUUGGACUUAUGGCGCGCUGGUAUGAUGCCUGUACUGGAUGGUUUAAUACCUACGAGCGGGCCCUCACCGUGCAAUUCUCAGACGAGUUCCGCGUUGGUCUAAGUGGGAUCUUUUACGUCAGACCUUCCAAUCCAGGCGGUUUUAAUCCCACUAAUAUCCCAUCAAAUCAGAUAAUUGGUUUCGUGGAUGGAUGGGCGUCCGAUGAAUAUUGCUUGGCUCGUAACGCCGACGCAAUACAGGGUGCUCCACUUGCGACGAGUCAAGUGAGGCAUUAUCCGACCAGGGAGGCUCUUAAAGCCGGGAUAAUCGCAAAUGAAGUGGUAGCAGGAUUUGCGAACACCAAUGUGUAUGCCGAUGAUCCGGAGCUGGAUACGGUUGGGCAGCCUAUAACUACAUGUAUCAAAGGAGGUGGUUCUAUGAUGUCUCGAUUGGAUAGCUCCCUCAACGUUUGGUGGAAUCCAGCCUUUGCAAGUAUCAAAAACACUGAAACCUACCGACAAAUCUGCGAGCGAGCUUCUACAAGCCAUGGACACAUGCCCGGAGCCACAGGACCUGAUCUUUGUUUGAACUAAUACAAGUCAUGUAAGAUGAAGAAACAAAUGCAUCCAAACCCAAUAUUUCUUUUUUUCUCUCUCUUUUGUCAAAAUUCAGGAAAUAGUAUUACCUUACUCUAGAAAUGUGUUUUUUUUAUAAGAAAAUCAAGAGAAAAUUUCAAUCGAUAUUAUUUUAUCACGUAUCAUUAAGAAGUAUAAUGUAUCGUACAAUGGUAUGGUGUUUGGUGUAUAAUUCAAUGAGUUAAUUCAAAUUAUCGUUAUGCUGUCUUGUUUUGAUCAAUAUUUGAACGUAUUGAUUGAUAUUCAACAGCAAACUAUGACUUCGUCUUUGUUAUUCCAAGAUUCUACAUACUAAAUUUAUUAAAAUAUAAUAUUUUCAUUGAUAUUUUUCUCUUUUAUUUUGUUUUUCUCGACUGGAAUAAUAUGGAAAAAGAAAGGUAUUGAAAGAUAGUGACCAUGGGCGUCGAAGUCUUUUGAGCAACGAAAUCAAUACUCUUGUGCAAAAUUUAUAUGCAUACAAUAUUAAUAAGCAUUGAUAUUUGUUAUUAUUAUACUUCCCUAUUUCUGAUAAAGAAUCUGCAUUUUCUGUACAGUAUAUGUUUUAUUCGAUGUAGAAAAGAGUUUGUUGUUAGUAUUGUAGGAAUCUUAAAAACAGCUAUACACUGUAAAAGUAAACACUGUAAAAAAAGUAUUGGGUAAAAUUUUAACAAGCACGAGGGUCAUUAGGUGUCCAAUCAAUUUGGGACAGCAUUUUACCCAAUGCGGGAAGCAUAUUGUCCAGUAUAAAGUUAAACAAUAAGCAGCAAUUACUUUAGAAUGGGCA